GGAUCUGAUAUUGCAAAAGCAGGCCAAAGCCUUGCUGGAACAUUUAUAGUGAACAUUGAACCUAAUAGAAAACCAAAAAACAAUAUUUUAGAAUUAGAAUUAGUAGAUUCAAAUAAUAGAGAAUGUAUAAAAAAAACCUCCAAAGUCGC